AUGGGAGAUGUCAAUGCUAAUGCUGUUCUAACCCAAGCUGACAUCAACGCACAGCUAAUGGCCGGCCAAGCCCAACUUACGGCCACUAUGAAUGCCGUGACCGAGCAGCUGGCUCGACUGGAACAACGCAACCGUCCCAAUGAUCCGCUUCCUAGGAGAAGGAACCAUCCAUACUUGGGAGAUCCACGGUUGUUCUCUGAUGAGGACAGUUCAGAUUCUGAACCACCUGAUCGAGAAGAGCCUCGACCUGCCCAAGCCGGACGAGAAGGACGACGAGAGCAUCGGAUCCAAGGAGAUGGGAGUCCUAUCAGGAGGAGACGCCGAGAGGAUGAAGUUCCUUGGCCAGGAGGAAAGGAGCUCAAGCUUAACCCACCAACCUUUGCUGGAAAGGUCAACCCGGACGCCUACGUUGAAUGGGAGAGGCGCAUGGAAUACAUCUUUGAGUACUACAACUACUCUGAGGCCAGGAAGAUAGCCUUAGCCGCGGCCCAACUGACCGAGAAUGCUCUAUCUUGGUGGGAUAGAGAAGUGUCCGAGACCGGCCGAGUCUAUAGAGUUGAGACUUGGGAAGAGAUGCGAUCCAAGCUUCGCACAAGGUAUGUUCCUGCUUAUUAUCAUCGAGACUUACAGAAACGUUUUCGUAAACUGUCUCAGGGAACGCGGACUAAAGAAGAGUACUAUGAGGAGUUUGAGUCCCUCAGGAACAAGCUCAAGACAUGCGAGACGCAAGAGACCUUGAUGGCUCAGUUCAUGGAUGGGUUGCAAGACCGCAUUGCCCGAAAGGUGGAGCGCCAGCAGUAUGAGACCUUCCACGACCUGCUUCACUUUGCCGUCAAGGCCGAACAACACAUCAAAAGGAAGAACGCGUCCACAGCCAGAGGCAAAGGAACCUGGACGCAACCGGCUUCCAAAGGAGUGGACAAGGGCAAGUUCGUGGAUGUGGAGAACCGUUUCAAGAAAAAUCAGACUGAACCGUCCAAGUCUGGUCCAUCCGACCAAGGUAAGACCCAAGGUCAAAAUCAACGUACCCGUGACAUUACUUGUUUUAAAUGUCAGGGAAAGGGACACUAUGCCAGAGAUUGCCCCAACAAGCGUGUAAUGAUCCUCAAGGCUGAUAGUGAGUAUGAAUCCCAAGACGAGGCCGAAGUUGAGACCAUGGUUUCUGAUGAAGAGGUAGUCGAUUAUGCUGAGACCGGAGAGCUACUGGUUACCAGACGAUCUCCCAGUGCUCUCUUCGAUCCUGAAACCGUUCGAAGAGAAAACAUCUUUCAUACAAGAUGUAGCGUGGAACAAAAGGUAUGUAGCUUGAUCAUAGAUGGUGGUUCUUGUACUAACGUGGCCAGCAAGUAUCUUGUUGAUAAGCUAGGUUUGGCCAAGACGCCCCAUCCGCAGCCAUAUCGGCUCAAGUGGCUCAAUGAUGAGACUGAGCUCCGGAUAGCCGAGCAAGUGGUUGUGUCUUUCAGUAUUGGUAAAUACCAUGAUCAGGUCAAGUGUGACGUUGUGCCUAUGCAAGCCGGCCACAUACUUCUAGGACGGCCAUGGCAGUUCGAUAAAGAGACCAUUCAUCAUGGCCGGACCAAUGUCUAUAGCUUCAGCCACAACAACAAGAAGCACAGCCUAGCACCUCUAAGUCCUCAAGAGGGUUAUGAGAUGCAGCAAGCAAUGGAUCAUGCCAGCAAGGUGCUGCUAAUGGUCUUUAGAGAAAGUUGUUUUGCAGGGAUUGAGGCCACGGAGGUACCAGCCGAAGUACAAGGCCUCAUGGAGCAAUACAAGGACGUUUUUCCUGAUGAGAUCCCAGCCGGCCUACCCUCUAUCCGAGGCAUAGAACAUCAGAUCGAUUUUGUGCCAGGCGCACCCUUGCCAAACAGAGCGGCCUACCGAGUUAAUCCAGAAGAAGCCAAGGAGUUGGAGAGACAGGUCCAAGACCUCAUGGAUAAGGGUUACAUCCGGGAGAGUCAUAGUCCACUAGAUGAUAUGUUGGAUGAAAUAACUGGAUCUGUUGUGCUCUCUGAGAUUGAUCUCAGGAGUGGAUACCACCAAGUUCGAAUGAAGGAGGGAGACGAGUGGAAGACAGCCUUCAAGACCAAGCAAGGUCUAUACGAAUGGCUGGGCAUGCCGUUUGGCCUCACCAACGCCCCCAGCACCUUCAUGAGACUCAUGAACCAGGUUCUUCGACAUUUCAUAAGGAAAUUUGUGGUUGUGUACUUUGAUGACAUACUGAUCUAUAGCUGCUGCUUAAAUGACCACAUUAGACACCUUGAACAAGUGAUCAAAGUUCUUAGGCAAGAAGGCCUUUAUGCCAACUUAAAGAAAUGUGUGUUUUGCACUGAUGAAUUGGUAUUUCUAGGUUUUGUUGUUAGUUCACAGGGCCUGAAGGUAGAUGAAGAGAAGAUCAAGGCGAUCCAAGACUGGCCUACACCUACCACCAUUGGUCAUGUUCGCAGUUUUCACGGCCUGGCCAGUUUCUAUCGGCGGUUCGUCAAGGAUUUCAGCACCAUAGCCGCUGCCUUGACCUCUGUGAUCAAGAAGAACGUAUCCUUUAUUUGGGGACCAUCCCAAGAAGAGUCUUUUAACAAGCUUAAAUAUUGUUUGACUCAUGCACCAGUCCUUACUCUGCCUAACUUCGAUAAAACUUUUGAGAUUGAAUGUGAUGCUUCAGGGACAGAUCAUGAGACGCUUAAACACCUAAGAGGACAGACCACACUCAAGAGGAGGCACGCCAGAUGGUUGGAGUUUGUGGAGACUUUUCCUUAUGUGAUUAAGUAUAAGAAGGGCAAAGACAAUGUGGUGGCUGAUGCCCUAUCCCGAACACAUACUCUUAUCUCGACCAUGGAAGCUAAUAUCAUGGGUUUUGAAUUCAUUAAAGAUUCUUAUGCUACUGACCUUGAUUUUCAAGAAGCUUUCAGGAAAACCACACAAGGAGCAUUCGGUGUUUAUUACCAGCAUGAAGGUUUCUUGUUUAAAGAAAAGAAGUUAUGCAUUCCCAAAGGCUCGAUGAGGGAAUUGCUGGUUCGGGAGGCUCAUGGUGGCGGCCUCAUGGGACAUUUCGGCCGAGACAAGACCCUAAAUGUCCUGACCGAACAUGAAACGAGAUGUGGAGAACCUAUGCGCCAAAUGCACUGUCUGUCUCAAGACAAAACCAGGUCACAUCCUUAUGGUUUACACAUGCCAUUACCUAUUCCUAACCACCCUUGGGUAGAUGUUUCUAUGGACUUUGUGCUUGGCUUGCCCAAGAUAAACCACACGGAUUUCAUUUUUGUAGUGGUGGACAGGUUCUCCAAGAUGGCCCACUUCAUAGCUUGUGACAAAACCAAUGACGCUACCCAGACAGCCGACCUGUUCUUUAAAGAGGUGGUACGUCUCCAUGGUAUUCCUCGAACCAUUGUGUCCGACCGAGACUCUAAGUUUCUAAGUCAUUUCUGGAAGACACUAUGGGGUAAGAUCGGAACAAAGCUAUUGUUCUCGACCACUUGCCAUCCACAAACGGACGGCCAAACUGAGGUAGUAAACCGUACACUCUCUCAGUUGUUGAGAGCUAUGCUCGGUAAGAACUUGAGGAACUGGUUAUAUUGUUUACCGUUUAUUGAGUUCGCUUAUAACCAUGCUAGACACUCUGCCACUGAACUUUCUCCUUUUGAAGUUGUUUAUGGUUUUCAUCCUGAGACGCCUUUAGACAUAUCCGAACUGCCAAAGUCUAUGUUCCGCAGCCGAGAAGGUGCAACUAAGGCCGAGUUCGUUAAGAACAUGCAUCGGAGGGUUCGAGAGAAGUUAAAGGCAAAGGCGGCCAAGGUCAAAGCCCGUCUCGACCAGAAGAGAAAGGAGGUGUUGUUUGAACCAGGCGACUUAGUGUGGUUACACAUGAGGCCAGAGCGUUUUCCAGAAGAAAGAAAGUCCAAACUGUCACCCGAGGCACUGGGCCGUUCCGGGUCCUUGAGAAGAUCAAUGACAAUGCUUACAAGCUUGAGCUUCCUGAUGAUGGUGUUCUGA